CGGUAGCGGGGGCGGUGUCGCUGUUGCCCUUUUAAGCCGCGGGGCCGCGGUCUCCUGCCGGCGGAGUCAGUUACAAAGAGAGCAGCCGCCCGCCGAGGCCUCGGUGCCCCUAGCCAUUUUUCAGCCGCGAUCCGACGUGGGCCUCGGCGGCGGGGAGAGGCGGAGCCGCGAGAGUGCGGCCCCAGGCCGGCCCUGUGGGGCGGUAGCGGCCGUGACGGCGGCUCUGGGCCCGGCUCCCCUUUCGCACCCCUCCUGCCGGAGAUGAGGGGAAGAUGUCCGUGUCAGGGCUCAAGGCCGAGUUGAAGUUCCUGGCGUCCAUCUUCGACAAGAACCACGAGCGAUUCCGCAUCGUCAGCUGGAAGCUGGACGAGCUGCAUUGCCAGUUCCUGCUGCCGCCUCCGUCACCGCCGGGCAGCCCGCACUCGCCGCCGCCGCUCACACUCCACUGCAACAUCACGGCUUCUGAAUCUGUUUUUCCCAUGUGGAAUGUGCCCCUUACCCCACCCCCGUCUGUCCUUCCACGUUUGACCAUCCCUCAAGGCUCUUCUAGGAAGUCGUAUUCAGUUCCUGCUGGUAUUUAUUUCCUCUUCCUCCCUUCUGUAAUCUUUACUAUUUACUGCUUUGGUUAUGUGUCCUUAUGUCCUAUUACAAUAGUUUUAGAUUUUUUUUUUGUAAGUUUUUUUUUAUGAUGGCAGGGGAGAAUAGUCUCUAAUCAUGCUUUUCAUCUUCCAUUCAGUAAAUGCUCAGUAAAUACUUGUUCUAUUUUAGUUCUAUUUUAGUUAUAUUCUGUAUGAACAAAAAUCUUAACUGUUGUGUAAGUUAACUGCCAAGAGUUUGUCAAAAGUGCAGAGAUAACAUCAAUAUAUAUUUUAAAUAUUUAAAUACUUAACAGGUCACUGGAUGGGAAAUCUGUAAUUUGAUUUCAUAUGAAAGACUAUCUUAAGAAGGAGAAAACAGAACUUACAUAGAUGUUUUACUGUUUAGGCCAAGGGAAUUGAGCUAAAUCUUUUUCGGUUAUAUAAAUUUGUCCUAAUCUUAAAUAUGAAGGGAAAGAAUGCUAUUUUCAACCUCAGGGAGUCUUUUUUAUUACUUGUUUUGUGUGAACUCAUGAUAUGAGGGAGUGUCAUGCAAACAGAUCUAAUUGCCAGUUAGUGCUAACAUUCAGUUGUUAACGCUCACACCUAAAAGCAAAGCAGCUUGUUUUAGUAACCUGUGUGGCCUUAUUGGGAGCUAGUAUAUGGCAUUCUUUUAGUCCUUUUGAAAUAUUUAAUAUAACUUGGCAACUUCAUUUCUCCUUAUAUGGACUUCUUGACAUCUGGUAACUCUUGGUAGGCAAUCAGUAUUUCAGAGUGAAAAAUUCCUCCCCCCCCAUGUAAAUUAGCUGGUAAACAAAUAAAACUUUAUGCUGAUUUUAUUGUUUGUGUGGCAUAAACCAUUACUCUUCUUGCAUGAGUGGCUAUUUACUAGACUACUUGUGGUAGCACAUUUUUAAUUUUGCUAAUUAAAUUUCUCUUGGUCAUAUCCACAGUCCCCUUUCCCCUCCCCACCUCACCACCAACAGCAAGGCACUGAAAUAACAAAUGUUAGAGCUCUGAGAGAAAAAGGUUUAGUCUAUACUUAGUAGUUGGGACUUUAAGCAAAUCACUUUUUCUACUGUUUUUCUGUAAAGUAGACAGUACUUUUUGUCCUGCAUGAAAGCUUAUAAAGAAAAGCUCUUUAACAAUAACAAUGUUCUCUACAAAUAUGAAAUUGAUGGGGUCAUUUGUGGCUGAAUAACAUUUUAUUUUGAAAAUGGUUUCUGACAGCUUUUCAUGGGAAAUAAAUCAAUGCUGUUAAUUUCUUAAUUUUUCAUGUUUCUAGUCUUUACACUGAUUAAAAAGUAGCCCCACCAAGGUUAUACAAAGAAAAUCAUGAACCAACUUGGUUAAAGAGCCCAAGACCUUGGGGCGCCUGGGUGGCUCAGUCAGUUAAGCA